CACUUGCGCAGUAGCAAGCAUGGUUUUGUUUGGAGAGAAACGAAUUUCAACCAGCACGUUAAGAAUUUAAAUAAAUAGUCUGUAUGGAGGUAAAUAUAUUAGCUAUAUAUUUUCAGUGACACAACAACUACUAACCCACCUGUGAGGCAGUCGACAGUUUCAAUUAAAUGUCAGGACCUUAAAAGAUCACUAAAGAUGCCGCUCUUUGGAAACACAUUCAGUCCAAAGAAGACUCCACCUCGCAAAUCUGCAUCCCUGUCCAGCCUUCACACGUUGGAUCGUUCAACAAGAGAAAUAGAGCUGGGCGUUGAGUAUGGACCUCCUGUGAUGAACAUUGGAGGUCAGAGCUGGAAAUUUGAAGAGGGACAGUGGAUAACAGAAUCAAGUGGGAAUGGGUCUGGCAGGGAACUGCAGCGGCUUAAGAAAAGAAAUGUACAACUGGAGGAAGAGAACAACCUCCUGAAACUAAAGAUCGAUAUUCUCUUGGACAUGUUGACAGAGACUACUGUAGAGUACCACCUGAUGGAGAAAGAAGUGGAAGAUAUAAAGACUCAACAUCGAAGGAAGAAAUGACAUGACAUGAUCUGAUCUGAUGCCUUCAUCAUAGGAAAUUUUCUUCAUUCACAGAGAGUUUGAAGUUUGUUGAUGAAAAAAAUGUUUGAAAAACUUUUUUUGUUUUUGUUUUUCUUUUUUGCUAGUAAGAGCAGAGAUAAAAUAAAGUGGUCAUCAUUUUUCUCAUAAUGAGGACUCUUAUGUUGUAGGUCUCGGCCCUGCUUGUAUUUAUUGGACAGGUACCACUGUAUCACAGUUGUAUCACAGUUAGUGACUAUUUUUUAUUUUUUCUGUCCUGCAUUUGUUUAACAACUGUGAACAUCUUUGUUCAAUACACAGCAUAUUUUCUACAUCUUUUACAUCUGUAUGGCAAGUAUAGGCUGACAUUUUCUCUUUAAGAUUUUUUUGUAUUUACUGUAUUUUCUAUUCAGAUUAAAAGUUAAAUCCAUCACAGGGAAGCAGUUUAUUUUCCUUUCACAGUUAGAAUAUUACCCUAAUCACUUAUUGGAUUAAUACUUUGUUGAGUUGUAACCUGUGACACAUUCACAAGAAGACAGGGAUAAAGACAGACUUGAGUGACAAACUAUGCAAAUCUAAAACUGAAUAGCAUUUUGUUAACUAUUUUGAUUUCUCAUCCAGCUCCACAGAAUAUUUGAGCAGUAAUGUUGCCUGCUCUUGCAUAAAUAAUCCUAGUAAUUUGAGAGUUUAUUCUUCACCUUGGGAACAGUAGUUUGACAACAACUCAGUAAGUGGACCUUGAGCAAAGAUUUUUUUGUCAAAGUCCUAGUAGUAUUUAUACAACUUUACUGAGAUCAUGAUCGCGUAAUGUAUGUAUUUAGUAUUGAUUUUAUAUCAACCAGGAUAGAAAAUCUUGUGUUUAUAUCUUCUUCUGCAUCAUUAAUAUUCCUAUUACACAGUAAUAUUACCAAAACUAUUAUGAAAUUAUCAUAUUUCUGUCUCUUGUGAAGGUAGUUUGGAACUUUAAUGUUUUUGUAAGAAUGUUGUUCUCAUAAUGGUAAUAUCCUGUACUAAAAAUCAAUUAAGUGUUCCUGUCAAUGAAAGGUACGGCCUUAUACGUCGUUUUACUCUCUUUAGCUAAUUGGUGGAUGUACAUGUCAGUCAAAUGCUCAGCGCAGCGAUUGGUUGAAUUGUCCUAACCACGCAGGCGCGGGCUGUCGUGACUGAUGCAGCUUUUUCGACGUUUGUGCCUCCGACAGCGGGAGAGACGAAGUAGUUUCUAGGCUUUUCUUCUAGCACUUUAAACCGCCGGCUUUGCUUGUACAACUGUCAGAUUAUUCAGCCAUACAGUAGCGGAUAUCAUCUGUAUAAACUUCACUUUUAAUAAUGCCUCGGGGCGGGAAAAAGGGCCACAAGGGCAGAGGGAAGCAAUUCAGCAACCCCGAGGAGAUUGACCGACAGAUGAAAGCGCAGAGAGAGUUGG